AUGAAUACAAGGUGUGGGCAAAGAGAGAGAGCACACAAAAGAUGGUACCAGGCCAAAUUUGCACUGAAUCAGCAUUUGAACACAAUAUCAACUUAUUCAUAUCGUCUCUCAAAUUCCAGGAUGCCAAAUGAAACCCCUUCUUUGGUCACAUUGGCCGAUCGUAUCCUCAUUCCAGCUGUCUCUCUUACUGAACUACCUGACUUGACUAUCGAACCUUCAAAGGUUCAAGAACUAAUCUUGGAUUAUAUCUCAGAGCAAGAUUGUCCUGGCGCACUUGCUCAUCUUCAAAGGGAGUUGGGCAGAUCUACUCGUCGACCCCAUUGUGCUCAUUCCGCUUCCCGUCUAGUUCAAUUGGUUGCCAAAGGCUUGCUCUAUGAAAAGAAUACCCCUCGACUUGAUAGUAUCUUGCAAGGAUGUAAUUCGAUCAUGAGAUCGCUCGAAAAUGAAUCUCAGGCCAAUCAAGCAACGGUUGUCUCUUCAGGACUUGAAGACCAACAACAAUCGACCUCACAUCCCCCGUUGAACUCGCAUUCUCAAGCUAGACAUUCCUCUGUUUCACAACCCCAACUUCAUAACCCUGAUUCCAAUCUCCCUCAGCUCGCACUGCAUCAUCAUGCGGAUCAUUCAACCGAACCGGAAAGAGGUCGAACGAGUCAAUGUGGCUCGAAGCUCGAACAACCGCCUGUUCAUAAAGCUGGAGUGUGCAACGUACUGCUUCCACCUUUCUCGGCUUCAACGUGCGGCCCACAAGCAGGUUCAUCGAGCUUGUCUGCAUCAGGACUUCUCUUGGGGCAGAACUAUCAUGAUCAUUUGAUCCACUCUACUGCCAAUAGGGAUUUUAGAUCUUAUCCUCGGGCUAGUGCCAGUCUUGGUGACGCACCUCAUACUUUCAUGCACUUCACAGCCUCUCCUACACUUGGGCCGACUCCAUGUUUACUCAACUCUAACACCAAUUCAAUCAUCACAGCCCAGCCGCUUGACAAAGACUCUCAUUCAAGUACUCUACCGUCCAAGUCGCAACUCAAUCUCGAUGGCUCACCGUCCCCUCGACAUACGUUCAUGAUGACUCAUGAACAUAAAGCUAACCAGGCCCAAGCAAAUUCUCAUGUUCUCUUACCUUGCACAGACCCACUGGACCCAUCAACGCUACAAUCGGGUCUACGCGGCAGAUGGCACACCAUCGGAGACACCGAUGAAAUUAUGUGCUUGGAUACAGAUGGCUGUCCGGCACCUGAACUCAUCUCUGCCCCUGUAUCAAAUGCGCACCAUUCCAGACGGAACGAUGCGCCAGAUAUCAAACCAAAUUUGUCCGAGGUGAGAAGCUUUUGUUUAGCCAUCAUGUGA